CUCUUCCGGGCAUUUUAUUUGGGUGCACAGGCACGUUAUGAAGACGAGCUGCUGGGUUUAUACGUGAAGAAACGGACUUUUCAUCCGAGUAUUUAUGUCUGACCAGGACUGCACCACAACAUCGGAGCCGCCGAUGAAGCGCUGGAAAGGCCCGCCAUGUGACAUCGACUCCUGGGUCGCCUUUCCCGUGCUGUCAGAUGAGCAGUCGCAGGACGUCGAGCUGGUGGAGGUAUUCGCCGCGCCCAUUCUCGACAAGAAGGAGACGUCUCGGAUCGUCAGGGAGCUGAACGCCUUCCACCCGCUGAGCGGCCUUCAACAUGUCAAGAGGGUGCGGCCGUGCAGGGAGAAGCCCCACCCACUCGAGGUCCUCGUGUGCCUCGUCAGCGACGCGCCGCGCGGGAAGGUGGUCAGCGUUGACUCUCUGCUGCCCUCAGGUGGAGUAAACUGUAACGGGUUAGGUGAGCCAUUCGUGGUUAAGGUUCCCGCACGGCCCCCUUUGACGCGACCCCAGUUUGAGCUGGCGAGCCAACACUGGCCCACUUCCUUUCAUGAAGACAAGCAGGUGACGGUUGCCCUGAGAGGAGAGCUCUUCAGCCGCCAUCAGAAGGAGAGGAUGCAGGCCUACAUGGCGUCUGCCGUGACUGCUGCCAGAGCUGGGAUGGAGGUGGGGAUGGAGGCCGUCGGGGCCGCGGUGGUUGACCCAAAGACGGAGAGCAUCAUCGCCGUGGGCCACGACUGCAGACACGACCGCCCCCUUCAUCACGCAGUCAUGGUCGUCAUCGACCUGGUAGCUCGGAGUCAGGGCGGCGGGUUUUAUAGUUUUGACGGCUACCCCGCCUGCAGGUUCACUUCCCCGAGCUCACUUCAAACAGAGGCUGGCUCUCAGCCAUACAUCUGCACCGGGUAUGACCUUUACGUGACCAGAGAACCGUGCGUGAUGUGUGCCAUGGCGCUGGUCCACUCUCGGAUUGGUCGGGUUUUCUAUGGGGUUGCUUCAGCCAACGGGGCCCUGGGGACAAAAUUCAAAAUCCACGCUAGGAAAGAUCUGAACCAUCGAUUUGAGGUGUACAGAGGAGUUCUGAGCAGGGAGUGUGAGAAUCUGCACAGCGUGGAUGACCACAUCAGAAAGGACCGAGGAGAAUAAGUGCAGCUGUUCAUUCCCCUUCAAACCUGCAUUCUUUCAAAUGACCAGUAGGGGGCAACUCCUCUGGUUGCAGUAAGGCUCCUGGUCCUGUAGAAAGACGGGCCUGGUCUCCCUUUUGUUUGUGACCUUUGUAAACACGUUUCUGAUGAGUUUCAGGUCAUAUUAAAUUAAACAUUCAGUCUGGUUUUUAAA